CGGGCCAUCCUCUUAUAUAAACUAUACCUAUUGCUUUGAAUUAUAUAUACUUAAAUUGAAUCUGGUCCUGAUCACAUACUAGAGCACUACAAUCAUUCUGUUAUGCUUUUUAAAUCCAUAAACCCUUUGUCUUGAAGUAUCAUAAAGCCUCGAUUAAGUUCCGCUCCAUCCGUCUCUCCUAUCUGAUCAUAUAACAAUAAUGGCCAAAAAAUCUUCCGGGAGGCCUACUUCGCCUCAUUAUGAUAUUGUAAUCAUUGGUGCUGGGCCCGUCGGCCUCAUGCUCUCGACUUGUCUCGCAAGAUGGGGCUACAAAAUUAAGCAUAUCGACAACCGCGCGGAACCUACGCCCACAGGACGUGCAGAUGGCAUCCAACCUCGAUCACUAGACCUCCUUCGCAACAUGGGACUGAAAGCCGCCAUCAUGGCACACAAGCCCGCCAAAGUAUUCGAAGUGGCAUUCUGGGAUCCACCCAAGAAGGGCAAGGGUAUCGUCAGGACAGGUACUUGGGCCAGCUGCCCAAGCUUCAUAGAUGCGAGAUAUCCUUUCACCACACUCUUACACCAGGGCCUGAUCGAACGGGUAUUUAUAUCGGACCUUGAGAAGAACGGCGUACAGAUUCAACGACCAUGGACCAUCAAGGGGUUUACGUCGGACGAAAAGUCAAACCCAGAGUACCCUGUUGAGGUAAACCUUGAGCAUGUCGAUGGGACUCAUCGGGAGACAGUCAGAGCGAAAUACCUGUUCAGUGGCGAGGGCGCGAGAUCUUUUAUUAGAGACCAACUGCGCAUCAACAUCACACAUAAGGAUCCCAUUCAGCACGUGUGGGGUGUCAUGGAUGGCGUCGUAAAGACCGACUUCCCAGAUAUCAAGAUGAAAUGCACAAUACACUCCAAACAUGGCUCGAUCAUGGUUAUUCCUCGUGAGGAUAAUAUGGUUCGGUUGUAUAUUCAGAUCGCGUCAUCUACUGAUGCAGACUGGAAUCCACGCAAGACGGCUACCGAAGAAGAGGUACAGGCUUCUGCGAAGAGAAUACUCCACCCUUACUCGAUUGAAUGGGAACGAGUCGAGUGGUACUCAGUUUACCCUAUCGGCCAGGGAAUUUCCGACAAAUAUACGCUCGACCAUCGAGUAUUUCUAGGUGGUGAUGCGUGCCAUACUCAUAGUCCAAAAGCUGGACAAGGUAUGAACACGGCAUUCUUGGACGCUUUGAACCUCGCUUGGAAAAUCCAUGCUGUCGAGGCUGGAUUCGCUGAUCGAGCUAUCCUGACGACGUAUGAAGCUGAACGCAAAGAUGUCGCAGAGACACUAUUGGCUUUCGAUAACAAAUAUGCCAAAUUAUUCUCUCAGCAGGCACCUGCUGCAACUGAUGUGCAGGCAGCGUCGGAACAGACGACUGAACAGACAGAAGAUAACGAUUUUAUCAAGACUUUCAAGGAGUCCUGCGAGUUCACUAGCGGUUAUGGCGUAGCAUAUAAGCCUAAUAUGCUGAACUGGUCCCCAGACCACCCAGCUAGUUCACCAUUAAUCAAUCCCGCUGGCAUAAAAUUACGGACAGGACGACUUCUCAACAACUCCGACGUAACCCGAGUGGUGGACGCCAAUGUUGUACACUUGGAACAAGAGAUUCCUCUCAACGGAUCAUUCCGGAUCUAUGUCUUCGCAGGGAAGCCUUCGGUUACCUACAAGGCAUUGAAGGAUUUUGCCUUCCACCUCGGUAGCAAGAGAUCCUUUUAUAGUUCUUAUCUUCGACCCGACCUCGACGCAGUCUCACACCACGAAAAGACCAACCCCCACAGCCUAUUUUUCACCAUCUGCACCAUACUUGCUACCCGACGGGCUCAAGUCGAGAUCACGCGCGAUGUGCCGGACCUGCUGGCUCGUUACCGUGAUUAUAUAUAUGCUGACGAUAGAUGGGAUCGUCGUGUCCCUGAUGCUGCUGCAGCGGCUCAUGCCAAGAUGGGGCUUGAUCAAGAGAAGGGUGGAGUUGUCGUCGUUCGACCCGAUGGCUAUAUAGGAAUCGUCACAAGCUUGGCAGAAGGAAGCGAGACGGUAGACGCCCUGAACGAGUACUUUGGUACAUUUUGCACGAAGAAGCUAGGUGAUGCGAUGUCUCAGCUGUAGGUCCUCUUGCGACCGGGCCUAUUAACGACAUUGAAGAGAUAGAUAUAUGACGACGUUCGUAUUAGUAUAUACUCGCGUAUUUUAUACGUUACUGUACGCCAUAGAUACCCCAAUAAUUUAUAGAUGAAGAGUUUUCCUUGAUUUACGUACCUAGUGUUCACAUUGUGCUAUUGGCCUCGCCUUAUCUACCUAGGUAGCUACCGGCAUA